CUUUAAAAAACAUAACAACUUACGUUAUUGAUGAUAUGAUUGAACCUAUUAAUGACAGUUUAAAUAGUCAAGACUCCAUGGUUUUUGAAUGUAACGACGACGAUAUAGAUACAGAGGUGGCUAUUGAAGAGGUUUCACAAGAUUUAGUUGAUAGUAGUAGCGAUUCAAAUGCUGAUAAAAUUACACAUGUAGAAAAAAAAAUGAAACAUAGUGAUGAACCAAAGCUUGAACGUAAGCUUUGGCCACCAAAUAUCACAGAAACUUUUGUUGAACUUGUUGAGAAAUACCAAAAAGAUUUAGAGUCUUAUAAAAAGAAACAUGUUUGGGAAAAAAUUUCUGAGAAGAUUAAUAAUCAAUAUCAGAGUAAAAUAACUGCACAGCAAUGUGAAACUAAAUGGAAAAGUGUUGUAAGAAAAUACAUAGAGAUUAAACGGAUCAAUUCUACAUGUGGGCAAAGUCGAAAAAAAUGGGAUUUAUAUGACAAAGUUGAUGCAAUUAUGUUUAUGAAACCUGAAAUUGAACCAGUUGCAAUAUGUAGCAAUAAACAAGGCCUAGUUAUCAAUAAGAAUACUAAUUCAACUUCAGACGAUGGAGCUAGUUGUUCUUAUAAGACAGACCAUGAAUCUUUUGAUGAUAGCAAUGAUAAGGAAUAUGAAUCUUCAUUCUCGAAGAAAAGAAGAAAAAGCAUAACCCCUACCGAACGGCGUCAUAAAGAAAAACUGGAACGUAUGGACAAGUACAAUGAUCUCUUUGCUGGACUUAUUCGUGCUAUUGGGAAAACAUCUAAUAAUAAAAGAAGAAGACGUACAAGUAGCUCAUCUUCAUCAAGUUCUGAUUGAUGUUUUAUAUUUUAUCGUUUAUUCUUUUAUAAAAAUUACAUGGCUUAACUUUAAUUACAACUAUUCUUAAGUAUAAUACUUUGUACUUAUUUAACUUUAAUCACAUCUGUUUUUCAAUUUUCAUACUUAGUUAAACAAGGUAGG